AUGAGAUUUUUAUUUUGUGGAGAUAGUAAUUGCCCUGAAUGGUUUUUGGCUGAAUCUGCACUUCUAACUAAAAUUGUAUAAAAUUGACAAUAUUAUUUAAGGCUUCUGUGAAAAUGAAAUUAGUCACAUAAUAUAUUUUAUAGAAUUUAGUGGAGGGUUAAGAUACUACAGCUAAGAUCUUUAAGAUGUUAGAAGGGUCAGGUUUUAAUUAAUAAGAAAUAAACUCAACAAUUGCUUGUGUAUCAUUUAUAGUUGAAAACUCUGCAAAAUAUGAUGUUUCUGAAUAAGUAUUAAUAAAGGAGUUAAUUGAUUUGGGAUUGCCAAAAGAGAAUUGUGAAUAAUUGAGCAAGACAUUUAAAUAAUACAAAGAUAAAUUGUAAUAGGUUUAUGAAGGUCAAAUAAUAAGAGGUAAUAUAAAAUAAUGAUGUAAAAAAAGUUGGAAAGACGAUAGAAUUUCAUUAUGGAAUAAGUAAAUUCAUAGUAUCAGAGAGUGUGGCUCCUUAGAAAUAAAUAGAUGGGAACAGAUUUAUUGAUACAAACAUAACAUUUUAGCAUGAUAAUGGGAAAUAAGAAUGUUGUUAAUUUGUUUUAUUUCCUGAAUAAUUGGAAGACAUGUUAAAUAGUUUUAAGAAAGCAUAGAAAUUAAUGAUGCAAUUAUGA